GUGGUCUGUGAUAAAAAGUAAUACCUCGCGCAUGCUGUGUUUCUUCCUUGCUCUUCUCUUUUGAAUGUGUUUACUUUUAAUUAUUUUAAUUUAAUAAAAAUUAUUUAGAUACUUGAAUCUUUAAACAUACAUUUCAGCAACAAAAAUGAAGCGUAAAUUAAGUGAUCUAGAUGAUCAAGAAUCAAGGUUAUCCCAGAUACUCUUCAGCAAGUCAAAGGAUUUGGUGGAAAAACUGAAACCUUUAGAUCAUUAUGAAAAAAAUCAAGAUCAAAAACCAGUUUGGAUAGAUGAAGAUGAUGAACAAUCUGAUAUUAAAAGUUUUAAUUCAAAACUAAAUUAUACAGAAAAACUAAAACAAAAAUAUGAGACCUUAGUAGGCACACCUUCUUGGGCAAAGAUAAGAAAUAAUAAAAUGAAAACUGAUGAAUAUGGGGAUGAUGAAGUGUUACGAACAGUUGGCCAUAUUCACAAAAAAAAAUCUGAACAGUUGCCUAAAAAUUAUCUUGAGGUUAAAACAUUGCCAAAUAUAAAUUCAAAAACCCAUAAUGAAGGUCGAACUAUAUCAUGUAUUGAGUUUCAUCCCAAGCUAAGUGUAGCUCUUGUUGGUGGUUCUUCUGGAAAUAUAUCAUUACUUUCCAUAGGAGGCGAAGUGAAGAAUACAUUACACAGUUUUAAACUAAAAAGAUGGGAGGUAACUGCAGCCCAAUUUUCUCCCAAUGGGUCUGAAGCAUAUCUGGCUACAAACCAUAGUCAUAGUUAUUGUGUUUAUGAUCUUGUAAAAGCUAAACCCACACUACAUCAAUUACCACGGGCACUAAAUAGACCAAAGAAAUUUCAAAUAUCACCAGAUGGAUCUUACAUUGCUGCAUCAAAUGGAUUUGACGAGUUAUUUUUAAUAAGCACAGCAUCAAAGGAGCUUUUAAGGUGCCUGAAACAAAAUUCGAUUAUAGAAUCAUUUACAUUUAGUCAUAACAGUGAGAAAAUUUAUUGCUAUGGUACACAAGGUGAAAUUACAAUUUGGGAUUUGUUGACAUUUAGACCACUUAAAAAAUUCUAUGAUAAUGGCUGUGUGAAUGCAUCUUGCAUUACAACCAGUCUAUGUGGGCGCCUGUUAGCUGCAGGAAGUCGAGAAGGCAUCAUAAAUAUAUAUGAUUCAUCAAAACUAGACACCCCACAGCCAUGUCCUGUCAAAACAAUUACAAAUUUGACCACCAAGAUUACAAAUCUUAAAUUCAAUGCUACUACAGAAAUACUUGCUGCAUCAUCAGGAUUAAUUCCGAAUGCUGUAAAACUCAUUCACAUCCCUUCAUAUCAUGUGUUCGCUAACUUUCCAGAUCAGUCUGAAAAUUUAUCACAGAUAACAGCAGUUAAUUUUUCCCCUAAUAGUGGAUAUAUGGCCAUAGGAAAUGAUAAAGGAUGUGCCAAAUUGUACAGACUGAAAUAUUAUAAAAAUUAUUAAAUGUCAUUCAAAUAUUUGUUUGUAAAAUUGGUUUCUUUUCAUUCUGCGGUCUAAUUGUCUAAAAAUAAUCUUUCACAAAUCUCUUUGGAUUUGACAUUUGAAAGGCAUUCAUGAACUUCAUGCUACAACUAUUUGACAUGUGAAAGCAAUUGCGAUCGCAAUUUUUUUUUAAAAGAUAUUGAAUAAACGGUAACUUUCAUUUGACGUUAAUCAGAAUUAUAUAAGCAAAUUGAUUGUUACAAAUACAUUUGAAAGUUAUUGGGUAAUGUCA